UAUAAAUGUCAGGGGUUGUUUAAUUUGCCUUUAACCUUGCAGAUUUAGUGGACGGUGCUCUAAUGUGCUGCAGCAGCCACAGAGCUGCUCGAGUUGUUGUUGUCAGACAGGAUGGGGGUGGGGGGUGGUAGCUGUGGAUCAGAUUACAGCAGCUAUAACCGAACCGGACUGAACCAUCAUCAGGCUGCAGGGGGAGUAACGCUCUCUGCUGGAGACAAAGAGCUUCAUCCGUCUGGGUCCAGAGGUCCAAUUCUCAGCAGAUCCACCGACAUCUUUGACCUUCUGUCAUGUUCAGAGGUUUAAUCCCCAACCGGAGGCGCCUGAAGGCACCGCCCCCCUUCCUCUGCAGGAAGUGGACCAGUCCAGCUCUUUAUGUUGGCUGUGAGGAGGAGGAGGAAGAGACACAUCGAGUGCUGUCAGAGCUGAGAGCAUCACACUCCCUGACCGAACUCCAAGCAGCCUGACGUUCCCUGAACGCCUCAUCAGUUCACUGCAUUCAUUCCGCACCCGAUCCAGCAGCUGAUCCAGCCUUCAGUCAGGAGAAGAAGAGACAUCGGGGAGAAGAGAGUCAGACCAGCAGGCAAGCUGCUGCUGCAGGCGGAGGAAGAGCGGGCGAUGCACCAGCCAAAGCCAGAGGUCAAGAAGAAAAGAGCCAGAGUGGUGAAAAGGUAGAGCGACAGAGAGGAGGAUCAGCCGUGAUCUGAAGCAGAAGCGAUGUGAAGCAGGAGGAGGCGGUGAGAAACACAAGAAAUGCUCUCAGAGAUCAUGUGUAGGAGGAUCUUCCAGCAGCAGAGGCGGGAGGACGAGAAGCUGAGAGACGCCGACAUCCGCAGGAAGAGCGGCGAGACGCCCGGCUGGACGGCCGGCUGGACUAAGAGCUGCAGCGGCCGCCUGCAGAGCCGGAGGCAGAGGGGGCCCAGGGCGCGCCUUCCCCGCCACAAGCCCCGCCCCCAUCGCCCGCAGCGCCCCCGCAGGCCACUGCGGUCUCUGCGUCCGGUCAACGUCCAGGGCAAGGGGGCCCGGGGCAUGCAGGCCCCCCAGAACACCAACCAGUUCCUGAUGCAGGAGAAGUACCAGAUGCAGCAGCUGCGCUCCGACUCGGUGGGUGGCGACAGCGGCUGCAGCUCCGACAGCGACCUGGAGCUCACAGACAUGGACUCAUACCUGGGCGUCCUGGAGAACGCCAGGGGCGGCCUGUUGGACGGCCCUGAGCCGCCGCCACAAGGACCGCCGGGGCCUCGCGUCUUCCUGCAGGAGGACAGCGUCCAGUACGUCCCCUCGGAGGACGACCUGCAGCUGAGCCACAACUUCAUGCAGAGGGACUUCGCUCAGUUCUGCGACUUCCUGGCAGCGUGAGGAUGACCUUGUGACCGUAGGGGGCGCUGUUGCAUUUUAACGCAAUGCUUAAAAAGUGGAGGGGGAGGGGGGGAGCAAACGCAAAAUAAUAAAAUACAAAA